AUGGCUUUGAACCUCAUUCCCCGUCUUCCCUCCCUCUCCGUCCUCGCGGCAGCCGACAAUGUCUGCCGCAUCGACCUCACCGUCCUCUUCCCCGACUGCGCCUCCAUCGAGAUCGGCGUCCCCCCCAACCAGCCGCACUCGGUUGACGUUCAGCCUUCCACCAUUUAUGUAACCGUCUCUGGUCCUACUGUCACUGUUCCUCCUCAUAGCGACCAUACUCAUGGUCCUGGAGCAGGCGGUUCUGUUUGGCCUGUCACUACCACUUGCGAUGAGGAAGGACUCGUGACGGCUAUGCCUAUCCCUACUGGAUCUCCUUCUGGACCUGGUGGUCCUGGCAGUGGUGGUCCUGGCAGUGGCGGUCCUGGCAGUGGUGGUCCUGGCAGUGGUGGUCCCGGCAGUGGUGGUCCCGGAAACGGUGGUCCCGGCUCCGGUAACAAUGGACCGGGCAAUGGCAACAACGGUCCCGGCUCCGGUAACAAUGGACCGGGCAGUGGCAACAACGGUCCCGGCUCCGGCAAUAACAACCCCAGCCCCUCCUCCACCACCACCCUCACCACCCUCUCUACCCUUACCACCGCCAUCCGAACUUCUCUCCCCACACCCACCACCACCUCGUGCCCUCUCCCCCCCUUCCUCUCCAUCUCCACCACCCUCGCCGACUUGCUUGACCUCGACCUCAAGCUCUACCUCGACCUCUCCUCCCUCACCUCCGGCGUCUCCUCUCUGUUGGAUUCCGUCAGCAACCUGCUAGGAGCCGACAAUCGUCCUGCUUCUCCUUCCAACCUGCCCACCACGCAAGUCUCUCGCUUCCGCACUUUGCCCUGCGGUACCUCGCUUGGUUCGCUUCCCGGUGGUAACACCACGACCAUCCCUAUCAACAACAACACUGACGGGCCUGAUGGUGGCAACGGCAACGGCAACGGCAACGGCGACAACAACUCUGGUGGUAGCUCCGCAAUCGAGGAGUGCAUCCAGCGCUGCGAACAGGAUGCUAUCCGCGCUAGUCUCGAGCUGUUGAACAUCAGGGAUUGCUUGGGCGUUACUGUCGAUCGCACGACUACCGUAGACAACUGCUUGUGGUUUGUCGGUCCUAGGGGUGAGAAGUUGCCCGUUUUGGACUUGGGCGUUGUGGUUGAUCUGACUGGGCUUCUUGGCGAGGGUGUGGAGAGUGCGGUCAGGGAUGAUUGAGGAGGUUGUUGAUGCCGAGCGUUAAAAACUGCUGCCCCUGUGGUUUCCGGUCCCAUCGUUGGCGAUGCCGCUGGUGCGCUGCGGACGCUGCCCGCUCGGGCAGGAAGUGACUGAUCAGCAGACCAGGUGACGACGAGCUUUGGUAGGCUCUGGAUUUGGGAAUUGUAUCUGGAGGAUGUACUUGUUGUACUUACAAGUAACAUACACGGUGGUCCCCAAAA